AUGGUCGCAAGAGCAUCAGGCAGAAUAUUUGAGAGACUUAUCCUAAAUCAGCGACUUCGCAGCUGCAGUCGUCGGCACAGCAGUAUCGACGGAGCCAGCACGCUAGUAGACGUGGCGUACUACCCGCGCUACGUGGAAGUGGUGCGCGACCCCAAAGACUUCGAUCUUCUCUACAGUUCCACCUCAGGACCCAUCAACGAGACGUGGAGAUUCUACUCUGAAGCCAUCCUGACGUCCAUCAUCAUUCCGUCACAAAUCACCUUCUGCAGCUCAGAUCCAGGAACGGAUGGAACAUACGAUGAAGAGGUUGACCUGCUCGUGUACGAGAAGAAAAUCGGGAGGGUUUCAUCCGAGGACGAGACGUACUUGGUAGCGACCGGCUCCUUCAACGGCACCGUCAGCUUCGGCCAGGAGCUGGAUAUCCCGCUGUGGAACGCCACGCUCAAUAGCGCGCCCCCGGUCCAGCACUACUUCUACUCGACCGGUGGCUACGAGUACACGGUCAACAUCGUCUUCAAGAAGGACGGUAUCUACCCGUGGUACACAGCGAGAAACCUGUCCGACUACUCCGUCAUCGAUUCCAGGAUCGAUGGAUCUGGAAUAGCUAUUGGACUGACGUACACUCUUAGCUAUGAGGCCACGUCUACCCGUCGCGGUAGUUAG